AUGGAGACGAAAUCUCUACCACAGGCCUUGCCAGCACCUUUGGUAUGGCCCUUGGCCUUGGACAGUCGGCCGUCCUGUUCACCAAUGCCACUGCCUCCUCGGACGUGGAGGGUCCUGCUAACGCUACAGCAGGAGGGUCUGUGUACAUCAGAAGAUCCGAUGCAGGCGCGACAUAUGGCUUCGUGA